GCUAGCCGGUGCUGCCAUCAAGGAAGCGAAGCCCUGCUGUGUGGUUAGCGAUGAUCUUAUAAUCUGCACUCUUUGAUCGUGUUUUGAUUUUGAACAUUCGUCCACCAGCUAAAACGUGUCUGUGACUAUCACAUGGUUCUGGAAGGGGGGGCUGCUGGGGCUGACUAGCAUCUGGCAAACAGGAGAUGGUGCUGAAUUCUUAAUUUAGCUCCUGGCUGUGGUGUUAGUGGUGGUGGUGGGUGUGGAUGGAGGCAGAGCCCCACCGACCUAUCAUGUCCCACCAGGAGCACAGGUCCAAUGUCCUUGAAUUUGUCCAGGCCCUGGGACUCUGUGUAUUUAUUCACUGUGCCAGGUUAUGUAUUAUCCCCCCGUGUUAUCUUAUGUCCAUGCUUUCCAGGAUAUGUCUCAGCUGUUGCAUUUUGAAAAAACGUCCAGGACACUUCAGAAGAAUCGGGUGUCAUCAUGACAUGGGAGGAGCCUUAGGAGUCAGUGUUAAAACAUUUGGAACUAAACGUGUACAAUCUGGUCCCAGUGAAGGAAAACUCCUGCUGGGAUUGUGACCAAAUAGAAAAGACUGGAGCUCCACAGUGGAGCUGCCACUCUGCUGUGGUUUUCUCUUUUGUUGGGCCCAGACAAAGCAAAAGUCUGUCAGUGAAUGUGGGGCGAAAAAAAAAGAAAAGACGCUUGGUUCAGCAGACCCGCAAAGCCCCGUGUGCUCUGUGGAAUCAGCUGUGUAUUCGAUUAUCAGGGCCCGGAAUUUGUAGAUUUCACUGACGCCUUUUGGUAACAGCACCGCAGCUGAUAAGGGAAACAGGAUUUACAUGUUUAUCGAGGAGGGAGGGCUGUGAAUAGUUCCACAGAGCACAAACAAAAUUGACAGGAACUGAGCAAUUUGUAAAUCUAUCAAACCAGCAAAUACAACAAAGCUCCAUACAAUCAUGAAGGGAAUGAUUCUUCAGCUCAGCCGCAGCCUGGGCCGCGCCGCCCCCGUCUGCCGCAGCAGCGUCUACUCGGGUACGCGUCCCGCCUCCAGCGCCAGCUCCAAACAGAGGGCCGAACGCCAGCUGACUCCAGAGGAGAUCUACGCCCGCGAGGACAAGCACGGGGCACACAACUACCACCCCCUGCCCGUGGCCUUAGAGCGAGGGGAGGGCGUCCACGUGUGGGACGUGGAGGGCAACCGUUAUUAUGACUUCCUGAGUGCUUACAGCGCCGUCAACCAGGGGCACUGCCACCCGAAGAUCAUAGCGGCGCUCAACGCCCAGGCCUCCAAACUCACCCUGACCUCCAGAGCUUUCUACAACGACGUGCUCGGGUCCUACGAGGAGUACAUCACCAACAUGUUCGGCUACGACAAAGUUUUACCCAUGAACACAGGUGUUGAAGGUGGAGAGACAGCCUGCAAGCUCGCCCGCAAGUGGGCCUACAAUGUGAAGGGCGUUCCCAAGAACAAGGCCAAAAUCAUUUUUGCCGAUGGGAAUUUCUGGGGCCGCACCAUGGCCGCCAUCUCCAGCUCCACGGACCCCAGCAGCUACGAAGGUUUCGGCCCCUACAUGCCAGGGUUUGAGCUCAUCCCAUUCAAUGACAUACCUGCACUGGAGAAAGCCUUCCAAGACCCACAUGUGGCAGCUUUCAUGGUGGAGCCCAUCCAGGGCGAGGCCGGGGUGGUGGUGCCCGACCAGGGCUACCUGACCAAAGUCAGAGAACUUUGCACCAAAUACAACGUGUUGUGGAUCGCUGAUGAGGUGCAGACCGGCCUGGCCCGUACCGGCCGGCGGCUGGCCGUGGACCACGAGGAGGUCCGUCCAGACCUGGUGAUUCUGGGCAAAGCUCUCUCGGGAGGAGUUUACCCUGUAUCCGCUGUGCUGUGCGAUGAUGAGGUAAUGCUGACCAUCAAACCCGGGGAACACGGCUCCACUUACGGAGGCAACCCUGUGGCCUGUCAGGUGGCCAUCGCAGCACUGGAGGUGAUGGAGGAGGAGAAGCUGGCAGAGAACUCUCAGAAAAUGGGAGAGCUGCUGCGGAGCGAGUUGAGGAAACUGCCCAGAGACGUAGUGACAGAAGUCCGAGGAAAAGGUCUCCUCAACGCUAUCGUCAUCAAAGAGACUAAAGACUACGAUGCCUGGAAGGUGUGCUUACGUCUCCGCGACAACGGACUGCUGGCCAAGCCCACCCACGGCGACAUCAUCCGCUUUGCUCCUCCCCUCGUCAUCAAGGAGCACGAGCUGCAAGAGUGUGUGGAGGUCAUCCAGAAAACCAUCUUGUCCUUCUAAGCCUCGGUUUGGUAACAAAGAAAAGCAUCCUUCAUAUCGACGAUCCACAUUAGCUGCAGCUGUGACUUGAGGAGAAGUCACCGAUUUCUUAGGUGUUUCUUAGUUCUCGUUGUUUUCUUCAAAGACGAAGGCUCUUUGAAGGACGUUACUGUAGAUAUACAGUAUAAAGAGACUGUGUGUGGAGUGGGCUUCUGUGAGGAUACAAUGGCACUUUAGAAAAAUGUUUUCCUUUAGAGCGCCUCGAGAAAGACUGCAACACAUCGGUGGUUUUUCUGAAAUGUUCUUAAUUUGUUUUUAACACCUAAUUCAUCUAAAGUUAGCUUUUCACUGGUAAUGUAAAUAAUGCAGCGAGUCUUGAAUGAAAUCAUUAUUUUAUUAAAAAAGGACAAGCGUUUUUUUACCAGUGAAAUAAAGUGUAAAGACACAGAGACAUUAUUUUAACUUUAUCAUCAAAGGCACAAAAUUGAAUCCCGCUUUUGUGUAGAACUUUAGUGUUACACAGAAGGAAGUCCAACUGUCACUCACAUGAAAACCCUGACUGCAGUACAGUCAUACAGACAACAGGUCACACUUGUAUUAGCUAGUCUGCUGCCUGCUAACACUCACCUUGUUACCUAAACUUCUGGGUUUAAUCAAAAUCCCAAUAGCAGACAUUCACAAACAGAUUAAAAAAAGCCUUGAAAUGUGAAUUUACUCUCCAGAUUCCAGGUCUUGAAUGAUUUCAUAAACUUUCCAUGUCCGUAAAAACCAUGCCGGCAUUUUAAUUUAAAAUCGUAUAUUUUUAAUUUAACCUAAGUUAUGACUGUUAAACUUUCCGGGAGCUGUUACUAUUGAACUUCUUUUGCUCCACAAUUUUGUGGCGUUUUAUUUUAUUUCUGCGAGGAAAUGUGUUGUGUGAGGCUACCGGACGUUAGGGAGGACCUGUGCUUCUUGCUAAGUGCUCAACAGACUGAUGAAUGUUUUAACUGUCGCGAAACAAUCAUUUGCAAAGACUGUAUAACACUUCACCUUGUUACAAAACUCGUUCCUUAAAUAAACGACUGCUGUCUCGUC